UGAAAAGACUAUAGAAAGGGGAGAUCCAAUCCGGUUUCAGCUAGUUUCUGUUCCGAUAGAACAUUAAUGCUAGUUGCUUCAGUGGUUCCUAGACCCGGUUCUUACACUUUACUUAUCAGCGCGUAAGCUAUUUUAAUUUAUUUCCUUUUUGUUGUGAAAGCAUACAAGCUUUAAGCAGCCAUGCCUAAAAGGAGCAAAGCUAACAGUGACACUGAAGCAGCUGGGCCCAAGAGACGGUCUGAGAGACUUCAAGGUAAACCCCAAACGCCAAAGUCUGAGCCCAAGCCAAAAGUGAAGAAGGCACCUGCAAAGGGCAAGAAGGCUAAGGAGGUAGAAAAGGCCAAACCAGAGGAGAAGAAAGAGGAUGCAAAGCCAGAGACUGAGUCUGAGGAGGAAACUCCUGCGGAGAACGGAGAGACCAAAGAUGAGGGGGACAAUGGAGAAGCAGGAGGCGAAGAGGAAAAGGCUGACUAGAAAGAGGGAGCUGCUAAAUAACAUUAAAACAUUUCACAAGAGCUCCCAUACCUCUUUUCUUGUACAAUACAGAGGAAUAUUUUUAUUGACUAUUUUCUAAAAAGCAGGUUUUUUAAUAGUUCAAUAUUAGAAGCUCAUUUUAUAGACAACGAUCAAGAGAAAAGCCUCAGAAGAGGGAUUCCGGGUUUUUUUUUCCCCCACUCCAGUUUUUCCUGAAGAAGAAUUGCAGUCAUGAAACAACUAAUGACUUCCUCUUAUUAUUAUUAUUAUUUGAUUCUUUUUUUUUUCUGACUCUGUUUAGUUUUUAAAAAGGGAGGGGAGUGGAACAGGUUGCGACAGAUAAUGUAAUGUGAUCAUGCCAUUUUUAAAGA